AUGGCAACGAUGAACGGAGAAAAUGUUAUGACAGUCGUGGGAACUGGUGGUGGUAAGACUUUGAUGUAUCUCUUACCUGCUGUAAUUUCUUCCAAUAUCACUUUGGUAGUUUCUCCCACAUUGUCACUAAUAGAUGACGUGCUUGGUAGAUGUCAUAAUCUCUGCAUAUCAGCAUGUAAAUUUACUGGAGAAGUUCCAAAGGAAUUACAAUACAGCCAGCAGUUGAAUAUAAAACAAUUUAAGAUUGUUCUUGGAACACCUGAAAUGCUCAAGGAAGGAGAAUUCAACAGCACUGACAUGCCCAUGAUUGAGAAAAAAGAAAUAGAAAGGAUCGUGUUUGAUGAAGCACAUACAAUU